AUGGUUACAAAGAAUUACCAAUAUCUUCUGGCCUUGAUAUUUGCUGUAAAUGAAAUCAACAAGAAUCCAAAGAGCUUACUCAAUGUGUCCUUGGGAUGCCCUUUCGCUGAGGGUUUCUUCCGUCCUAUGAAUUUUAACCAAAAUAUAAUGGAUUUUUUCUCUGAACAGAAGAAAAUUGUCCCCAACUAUAAGUGUGGCACUGAAACCAAUCUGAUCGCCAUUAUUGGGGGGAAAGGUCCUGAAAACUCUCAGAAGUUGGCUACCAUUUUGGACAUCUAUAAGCUGCCACAGUUCAGCUAUGGUGAAUUUGCCCAAAUGCAGACAGGUCAAUCCCAUCUUCAUUAUUCAUACUGUAUGGCUCCGAACGAUAUCCAUCAGUACGAUGGGAUUGUCCAACUACUUCUGCAUUUCAAAUGGAAGUGGGUGGGGCUGAUGACCAUGGGUGACAAUACUGGUGAACUCUUUGUGAAGAACCUAGUACCAACACUUUUUCAAAGUGGCAUCUGCACUGCUUUCAUAGAAAACAUUCCUGCAUUCUUUUUUUUUAAUGAAUUCUUAGAUGCUCAAGACAAGCGGAAGGAAUCAUUUUUAACUGUUGCGCAAAGUACAGCGAACACUGUUAUUGUCCAUGGAGAAACUAUGGCCAUGAUAUGUCUAAGAGAGUUACUAGGCCAAGGAGCAUAUGACUAUGAGAAAGCAUUUGGUAAAGUGUGGGUUUUGACAGCCCAGAUGGAGUUCGUAGCAGUGGCCCUGCACAGGGAUUGGGACAUACAAGUCUUCCAUGGGGCCUUAGCCUUCACAACUCAUGCCCAUGAAGUCCAGGGAUUCCAAGAUUUUCUUCAAAAUUUGAGUCCUGAUUUGGCCAAGGGAGACGAUUUCAUCCACAUAUUCUGGGAGCAAGCAUUUGGAUGUUCAUUUCCAAAUCCCAGUUUUAAGGGAGAUUCAGAGAAAACUUGCACAGGGAAGGAGAAGCUGGAGCAGAUUCCUGGGCCUUUUUUUGAAACAAGUAUGACUGGCUACAGCUACAGUAUCUACAAUGCUGUCUAUGCUGUGGCACAUGCACUGGAUAUCUGGUACUCUUCCAGAGCCAAAUCCAAAUCCAGAGUAAUGGUAAACAGCAGGAGGCUGGAGUAUCUAAAUAUCAAACCAUGGCAGCUCCAUCCCUUUCUCAGGAACAUCUCAUUUAACAACAGUGCUGGAGAAACAGUACAUUUAAAUGAGAAUGGGGAAUUUUUAAUGGGUUUUGAUAUUACAAACGUGGUCUCUUUUCCCAACAAGUCCUUUCAUAGAGUGAAAGUCGGAUGGAUAAAUCCUUGGAUCCUGUCAGGCAAACAUUUCAGCAUUGAAGACGAUGCCAUUGUAUGGAACAGAAUCUUUAACCAGGGAUAUGCACGAGAUGGUUUGGGGCCUCCUCCUGGAUUCGCCGAAGUGGCUCAGGUGCUGAAGUUUGAACCACCAGCCCCUAAAAAGCAGGUGAUACCCAUUUCUCUCUGUAAUGACAACUGUCAAACUGGUUAUCAUAAGAAAAAGGAGGAGGAGAAGCCAUUUUGCUGCUACAAUUGUGUUCCAUGUCCAGAAGGGAAGUUUUCUAACCACACAGCUGACAUGGAUGACUGCACAGCAUGCGAAGAUGAUCACUAUCCAAGCAAAGAUAAAAAGCAAUGCAUACCGAAGGCAGUAACGUUCUUGACUUAUGAAGAACCUUUGGGGAUGAGUUUAGUCAUUUUCAUUCUUUUAUCUUCCUCCAUCACAGCUCUGGUGCUAGGGACCUUCAUAAAGCACCAUGACACUCCCAUUGUCAAAGCCAACAACCGGAACCUCACCUACACUCUCCUUAUCUCACUCUUUUUCUGCCCCCUUUGUGCAUUUCUGUUCAUUGGACAGCCUGAUAAGGUGAUGUGUCUCUUCCGGCAGAUUGCUUUUGGCAUUGUCUUUUCUGUGGCUGUGUCUUGUGUAUUGGCAAAAACCAUCACAGUGGUUCUGGCUUUCAUGGCAACCAAACCAGGAAGCAACAUGAGGAAAUGGGUGGGGAGAAAAAUGACCACUUCCAUUGUUCUUUGCUGCUCCUUCAUCCAAGCAGCCAUUUGUGGGAUAUGGCUGGCAACCUCUCCCCCCUUCCCAGAUGUUGACAUGCACUCAGUGCCUGAAGAAAUUGUACUGGAAUGCAAUGAAGGCUCCAUGACGAUGUUUUACUGUGUCCUGAGCUACAUGGGCUUCUUAGCCCUUGUGAGCUUCACUGUGGCUUUCCUGGCCAGGAACCUACCAGACAGUUUCAAUGAAACCAAGUUCAUCACUUUCAGCAUGUUGAUCUUUUGCAGUGUGUGGUUAUCCUUUGUUCCAACCUACCAGAGCACCAAGGCGAAAUACAUGGUAGCAGUGGAGAUUUUCUCCAUCUUGGCCUCCACCAUUGGGCUGCAGGCUUGCAUCUUUUUCCCUAAAUAUUACAUUAUUGUUCUGAGGUCUGAUCUGAACAAAAGGGAUCACCUGUUAAAGCGAAAAGUUUAA